UAUCAUUACUAUUUUGUUAUCAAUGCCCAUCCAUUUCGUUUAACAAUACGAAUGCGAACCAAAAUUUUUUAUGAGUUGUCUGUUAAUAAAAAGAAGGAGGUCCUGAGCGCCAAAUCAUUUUCGCAAGAUGUGUUGCAACAGGUCUAUUGGGAAGAUAAUAUCGGGCGUCAUUUGGUUUUCGGUCCCCUUUUUGUUCAUAUUAAUAUUAUAAUCGUUGAGUUUUUAUUCAUUAAUGGUAAAACAACAACGGUGAUAGAAGCGCAACGCGGCAAUGUCAACGACAAAGUGCCACUUUUACCGAUUGGUGAUGGUGUAUGA